AUGCAUCUGCCUGUGCGUAACCGCCGUCGUAUUGGGGCUGGGCUUGCUGUUCCUAAUCCUAGGGCUCACCGUCUUCAAGUCAAACGCCCCCGCACCUCCGUUGAUUUCGUCUCCCUCGAAGAUCUCGAUUCCUCCUUCGAUUUCGCCAGGCUCAGGCUCCACCUCAACCUCACCCUCGACCUCCGCAUCUCCGUCACCAACCCCAACCGCGUCGGCUUCAGGUACACCACCAGCACCGCUCUCCUCCGCUACAGAGGCGGCGAAGUCGGCCAAGUCCCCGUACCCGCCGGCCGGAUUGGCUCCCGCGACACGCACACUCUCAACCUCACCCUCACUCUCAUGGCCGAUCGACUCCUCACCAACUCUGCUGUCUACUCCGACGCCAUCUCCGGUACGUUGCCUUUACAAACUUACGUCAGACUUGCCGGAAAAGUGCGGAUCCUCUUUAAUUUUCACGUUGUCACCUACACCACAUGUGACCUCGAAAUUGCACUUUUGAAUCGCACGGUAAUUGCACGAGGAGAGAUAAAGAAGAAGGAGAAAAGAGACAUGUUUGGAGAGGAGAUUAAUGAGAGAGAAGAAAAGAUUUCUUACCAAAGAUAUGCCAUUAUCUUGGAAGGAAAUCUUGUUUGA